ACAGGAGUAACUGCACUUAGAAUUUUACAAGCCAGCUACUUCCGGUAUCGCUGUGUUGGGUGGGACAGCGGAAGCGGCAUUUUUUCCGUGCUGUGACAUUAACCGAGUUCUUUCCAAAAAAACAUUUUGGAAAACAUUUUUAAAAAUGCCGGCUUAUCAUUCCAGUCUAAUGGACGACGACACCAAAUUGGUGGGAAAUAUGGCACUUUUGCCCCUCAAAACGCAGUUUAAAGGCCCUGCUCCUAAAGAAACCAAAGACACAGACAUCAUCGACGAGGCCAUCUACUACUUUAAAGCCAAUGUUUUCUUCAAGAAUUACGAAAUUAAGAACGAGGCAGACCGGACGUUGAUCUACGUCACUCUGUACAUCUCGGAAUGCCUCAAGAAGCUGCAGAAGUGCAGCUCGAAAGGCCAGGGAGAGAAGGAGAUGUACACGCUGGGAAUCACCAACUUCCCCAUUCCAGGAGAGCCGGGAUUCCCUCUGAACGCCAUGUACUCUAAACCUACCAACAGACAGGAAGAAGAGACCAUGAGGGCUUACCUGCAGCAGAUUCGUCAGGAAACAGGCCUGAGACUGUGCGAUAAAGUGUUCGACCCACAGACAGACAAGCCAAGCAAGUGGUGGGUGUGCUUUGUAAAGAAACAGUUCAUGAACAAGAGUCUCUCUGCUCCAGGGCAAUAAGAAGCAACUGGAAGUUUCUCAGUCAUCCAUGUGGAACGUGGAUGGGAAUAAUAUUCCAGUUUUGCUUAUGAUGUUUUCCUUAUUUUUUUUUUCCUCCUUCCAUUGGAUACCAGAUUUAAGAUUAAUUUUAUACCUGCAUAUUUGAUUUCCUGACAUUAAACAUGACAUGUACGACUCAAGGUAAUCAAAUAAAAGCUGAACAAUAAAAACGGUUUAUUCUGUACUUGUA